AUGCCGGAAAGCAGCCGACCGAGCCGAAGCACCAUCAAGUCUCUUUUUUCAUGGCGCCGUAGCCAGAACGCGGAAGUCAAAGAUGAUUCUAGGUCUGAGAUUACCCUUGUUGCGGACCAGAGAUAUAAACCACAGAGACCACCUGAGAUCCCUCGGAACUUUAAUCGUGAGACACUUCAGCCCUAA